AUGGCUCACCCAGCGCCCACGGCGCGCGAGCUGCAGCACCGCCGCGCGCACAAUCUGCUGCUGGUGUCGAAGCUGCUGGGCGGGGCGCCGAUGCGCGAGAACGCGUCGCCGUUUACGCUGGUCGUUGAUGGGGUGGAGAUGGGUGGUGGGGGCCUUGUGAGGGAGAUUGUUAGAAGGGCGGGGGCAGCAAAGACAAAGGUGGUGUUUGUGGCGUUUGAGACGUUGAAGAGGCCGGCGGGCGUGGAUGAGUUUGUGAGGGCGGGGAGGAUGGGACUGCAGGCGUUGGGGAAGGAGGUCGGGAAGCAUCUUGGUGCGCCGUGGACGUGGCGGCUAACUAUGUCUACAGAAACGCUCCUCAUCUUCGACACGCUCAACCCGCUAUGCGCAACCUCGACCAGCGCGCUCCCGCUCUUCCUCUCCAGCCUCAUCUCCCCCACCACCUCCCUCCUAGCAACCUACCAUGCAGACAUCCCGCUGCCGCCGUCUGCCGCGCUGCCGUACUCCCCGCACCCGCUCACCCUGCUCAAGUACCUCACCACGACCAUCUUCACGACGCACUCGCUCGCGCACAUACUCGCGCAAAAGGCCGCCGCCGACCGCAGCGUCGCAUCGCCGGUGUACGGGCUCGCCGAGGAGGUCGAGGGCGUGGUGCGCGGCCUCGGCGCCAACGACGCGCGCGGCACCGUCAUCGAGAUGGAGUAUCGGCGCAAGAGCGGCCGCGGGGUGCGGGAGUGGUUCUUUUUGCCUGCGCUGUCGUCGCCGUCGACGGCCGCAGCGCCCAAGCCUGUGGGCGGCCGCCCAAAGGAGACGGUCAUCCUGCUUGAGGAUCACCCGCUGUAUCGCCGCGCGCCGGAGGCGGGGCCGCUGGCGGGUGAAGACGAGGAGCCCGACUCGACGUUUAAUCUGGGGUUGACGGAGAAGCAGCGCAGAGACCGCGAGGGCGUCGUGUUGCCGUACUUUGAUGCGCAGAGGGAGGUGGGCGAUGGGGGCGAGGGCGGGCGCAUCUUGUACGAUAUGGGCGAGGAAGACGACUUUGACGAGGAGGAAGACGAGAUCUGA